AUGGAUCUCAUCCUGCAGCGCAUGACGCAGCAGGCUAUGCAAUAUGCCCUCAGAUCGGGCAUCUCCAUUACGACCGGCUAUGCCAUCAAAGAAUGCGCUCGCCUGUACAAGCAGGCGCCGAAGAGCAGAGACCGCGAAGAGCUCAUGCUUCUUCAACAGCGGCUCGAGAGCAAGAUACGCGUCAUCUCACCGUCAAUCGACAUGAUCGAGCUCAUCGCCGCCCGCGGUAAUACAUCCCUUGAGUCUGCCGUGUCCCUGACCAAAGACAUUCGUUACGAGAUUCAGAAGCUUGGCAAACGGCUUCAAGAUGCUGCCAACGACGAGGAGCUUCUGCGCCACAGAAGCAACAAAGCUAAGUCACGCGAAGACACCAGCCAAGAGCUGAAAGGCUGCAUUGACCACAUCAAGCUUUUGUUAGCUCGCAUAGAGGAUGCAGUCCCUCUCAUCAACCUCGCCAUUACCACGUCGGGGGUCAAUCUGUCGACGAAGCUCUCGGGCACCAUCAGCCCGAGUCGCUUGCUGCAGGCCUCGACUUUCUUGACAUCGGCAGAUUCGCAGUACUCUACCAACGUGACGAUGCGCCAACAGGUGGGUUCAACAUAUGUACUCACGUUGUACAUGCUGUUUGCUGGCCAUGCUACGCGACCUGUCACUGAGCAUGGCGUUCGAGAGACGACCUGGAAAGAGGUGAUUCACAAGGCUCGGGUCAAGCUGUGGCGUAUUCCUCUGGAGCAGCUCUACACAUUGCCCGGCGAACACACCCAAGCAGAUGGCCACGAUGCUGCUAAUACGAUUCCUGGCGAUGCCAAAGCCUCCGAGUUUGCCUAUCAGCUUUCGAUUGUGGAGGACCUAGAUGACGAUCGGCAUCACAACCCAGAAGACGAAGGACAUUCACCUGGACCCGUUGAUGAUGUACUGGAGGCUGGUAUUAGAGACGUCAUACCGAUCCACGAGAUCUCGAAGAUCUUCUAUGCAGAUACCGGCAAGAUCCUCAACAUUGGUGGAGACGGCGAUGCGUACAGUCCCGUCCUCUUGCUGAAGCGAGACGUCCACGCCGAGCCUCCGCGACGUAUGCUUCGCCGAUCACAGUCGCGCGUCAGCAUCAAUGAAGGUGUAGCUAACACCUCCAUCAGCGACGACGACGACCAGGAUGAUCAAACCGAGAUCGAUGCUCAAUUUGAGCGUGAGUCCGCACCGCCAACGCCGCUGAACGAUAGUGAAAGCGCUCCUCAAGAGACUCAUGCUUGGCGUCUACCCGCCGAUCUCGACCCUGAAUGGAUGGCAUUGGAGGUUUACACCGAAGAUGACGAGAGUGAGAGCGACAUUGACACCUCCCCAGAGCCUGAGCGACCGGGCUUGAGUCGAGCUGAAUCAUUGGAGCCUGGUCUGAGCGAUGCUCUGGCCAAUCUGAACAUGAAUUCAGACGGCUCCUCAUCCGAUCAUCACCUUGCGCCCAACAAGUCGCAAGUAUUGCAGCUUUCACCAGGCAGGCGAGCGGGACCGGCUCUUAAGAGUAGCCUUUCCUUGCUCGAAAUGCUCAUGAAACUGGCUGCUCUUCAGCAAUUCCGGCAGGAGUCUCAUCUGGCCAUUGAAGAUGAGCUACUGAACUUCUUCCUGGAAGAUAGUGCAACCGCUGGUGCCGGCGCAGACAAACAGUAUCGCCAGCAGCUUCGGCAGACCGCCGCGAGGAGAGUCGGCUUCGAUCCGUACGACGAGUCCCCUGUAAAGAGACGUGGCGAAGACUACAUCCGGAACGCUGGUGAGGCAGCGUCCCCGAGAGGUUCUCCUGGAUCAGGACUACUGUACCGUGAUGGCUUCGAUGGACUGCCCGUACCGCAACUCGACUUCGCCGCCAGACCUUCCAUUGAGCGGCUGGGGUCUCGGCUGCCUUCCUCACCACCACAGCGGCCACCGUACCAGACACCAUCUAGAACAUCGACACCUGACACAAGUGAAGGCCACCAGAAGACUGUACGGGCCAAGUAUGCCGGCGACACACCCUCACCACCUUCUCCGCCUGCAGCGCGUGCCUCAGCUGAGUCCACAACCACGACCGCGAACGGCGCGAAGACGCGGGCGGCGACGUUACGAAGCAAGACGGAUUCGCGACCACGGAGCCCAUUGCGAGUCGUUGCCGAUGGCGAGGAAUGA